AUGAACCAUAUCAAAGCUUCAACACGAUCAAUUCGACUCCUAUCUUCAUCCUCAACCCCCCUCUCCCUCUCAACUCGAUUCACUAGAUCGAACCCUUUCGCUCUAGCAGUUCACCCCCAUUUCUUCCGUCGCAAUAUGGCUUCCGCCAUGGCAAAGCGCCUCGAAGGCAAGACUAUUCUCGUCACAGGUGCCUCAUCUGGCAUUGGGAAGAGUACAGCACUGGAAUUCGCCCGUACUUCUCCAAAGAACUUGAAGCUCAUUUUGACGGCGCGUCGCAUUGAUACUUUGAAGGAGGUUGCAGCUGAGAUCAAGGCGGAAGUUGGUGACGGCGUCCAGGUUCUCCCAGUCAAGCUGGAUGUUAGCAACCCAGAGGAGAUCCGCAACUUUGUUCCUUCCCUGCCUGAGGACUUCAAGGAGAUCGAUGUCCUUGUCAACAAUGCUGGUCUUGUAAAGGGUGUUGCUCAAGCUCCUGAUAUUGAUCCCCAGGACAUGGCCAUCAUGUUUAACACCAAUGUUACUGGUCUUAUCAACAUGACCCAGGCCAUCCUGCCUAUCUUCAAGAAGCGCUCUGAUGGUGGUCGUGGAGAUAUCAUCAAUGUUGGCAGUAUUGCCGGUCGUGAGGCUUACCCCGGUGGCGGUAUUUACUGCGCUACCAAGGCCGCUGUGCGCUCGUUCACAGACUCUCUUCGCAAGGAGCUCAUUGCGACCCGCAUUCGUGUCAUCGAGAUUGACCCCGGUCAAGUUGAGACUGAAUUCUCCGUCGUCCGAUUCUACGGCGAUAAGUCCAAGGCCGAUGCUGUGUACAAGGGCUGUGAACCACUUACCGGUGAUGAUAUUGCGGAGGUUAUUGUCUUCGCAGCUGGUCGCCGAGAGAAUGUUGUCAUUGCGGAUACGCUAAUCUUUCCCAGCCACCAGGUAUGUAUACAUCGACACCCAGUCACCUAG